CAUUUAGCAUCAUUUAAUAGUGGCGUAUACUUUGGAAAGUUCAUAUUUGAGGUCAGUUAAUAUUUUAAUGAGUGGAUUAUCAACCUUGGUCCUUGUAGCAUUGAACUACCAGCAUCCAUUAUUUAAUAUAUCUCCUCUCACGUCAGCUCUUACGUAUGCUUAUAUAAACCAUCUAGUCUCUACCUAUAUAUAGCUUUUAUUUCCAUUAGAGAUUAUACUACAAAAUACCAUUACUACUAAACACAUCUUCUGAUUCUGCUAAAUCUUUAUCAUGACAACAAUAAAAGUGCACGGAAGCCCCUUCUCAACAGCAACCAUGCGGGUUACAGCGACUCUGUAUGAAAAACAGCUUGAAUUUGAGUUCGUUUACAUUAACCUCAAAAAUGGUGAACACAAAAAGGAACCAUUCAUAUCACUCCAUCCAUUUGGUCAAGUUCCAGCUUUUGAAGACGGAGAUUUAAAGCUCUUUGAAUCAAGGGCUAUUACACAAUAUAUUAAUCACGAGUACGCUGAUAAAGGGACGAAGUUAACAAGCACUGACUCAAAGAAGAAGGCAAUAAUUGGAGUAUGGUCGGAAGUGGAGAGCCAACACUACGAUCAAGUAGCAUCAAAACUUGUUACAGAAUUUGGGAUAAAGCCUUUAUUUGGAAAGCCUACGGAUCCAAAAGUUGUGGAAGAAAAUGAAGGGAAGUUGGAUAGUAUUCUUGAUGUGUAUGAGAAAAGAUUGUCAGAGUCAAAAUACUUGGGAGGUGAGUGCUUCACAUUGGUGGAUCUGCAUCACUUACCUUCUCUUCAUUACUUGAUGAAGUCACAGAGCAAGAAGAUGUUUGAGUCACGACCUCAUGUUAGUGCUUGGGUUGCUGAUAUUACUGCAAGACCAGCUUGGUCUAAAGUUCUUGCCAUGAUACCUAAUUAAGACAUUUAUGGAUGUUUCUUGUGCCUUUGUUGUUUUGUUUGUUUGCUAUCGUCAAUUUUCAAGUGUGCUGUAAGAGGAAUGAACUAUAUAAAAUAAAAAAAUACUGUUCUUGUUUGUAAAA